AUGGACUCCGACCUCGACAACAUCAUCGAGAGUGGUGGCGCCAAAAGGAGCAAGCAUCCCAGGGCGGGGUCGCGAAAGAUGGACCAGCCUGCCAAAGUCCCCAAGAGGACCGAGAAGACACCUCCUCCCCCGACUCCGCCUGUUACCAGUUCCGUCACGGUGCCGUCUUCGCAGGUCGGUGCCUCCACCGUGGCACCGACUUCACAGAUUGAUGCCUCUAUCAUGACCGGGCCCCAACUUCCUGUAGUGGUUCGGCCGACACUCAGUCCACCUCCUAGAAAGCCUUCUGCUUCUCGAACUCAGAAGUUGUCAGUUUCUACCCACAUGAACGCAUUUGCAUUAACCCAAUAUAAUUAUCUCACUUUAAAUUACUUUGUUCUAAAUAUGAUCAAAGUUGUUGUGCUUGUGUUGGCGCUAGUCACAAGUCAUGUGUGGAGUAGUGCUACUAUUGGAGAUUCUGAUCAAGUCCAUUAUUGCAUAGAGAAGGAGAGACAAGCUCUUCUCAGCUUGAAGCAACGCUUUGUUGAUAAUGACAACACUCUAUCCUCGUGGACAAGCUCUAGUCGAGAUUGUUGCACCUGGAGUGGUAUCAGGUGUGAUAACUUAACUCAUCAUGUUAUAAGUCUUGAUCUUUCUUUUAACGGAUUGGGUGGUGAAAUUGGUCAUUCCUUGGUUGAUUUGCAACAUUUGAGAUACUUGUAUCUUAGUGCCAAUGAAUUUACUAAAAUUCCUGAGUUUAUUGGUUCUUUAACUAGACUCAUAUCUCUCUCCUUUGAAUACAAUCCUAUUAUGUCCAUUCCUCCCCAGCUCGGGAACCUCACCAUGUUGCAAUUUCUCAAUCUAGAAGGUACUGAAUUUUCUUAUAUUAGUACUAAUCUUGAAUGGCUUUCUCAUCUCUCUUCUCUGAGAUUCUUAACAUUGAGAGACAUCAAUGUAACUAAAUCUACAGAUUGGCUUCAUUCAAUUGAAAUAGCACCAUCUCUAACAAGUUUAGAAUUAUCUGACUGUCUAUUUCCACCAACAGAUGAUCAUAUCUUCACCUACAAAAAUUCUUCAAAUUCUCUCACCAAUCUUGAUAUUUCAUACAGUAUCAUACCUCCUAAAACAAUUCCUUGGUUGCUAAAUAUGAGUAUCAAUCUAGUUAAUCUCACCUUAUUGGAAAAUGAAAUAAAAGGCCCUCUUCCAAAUUCUUUCGAAAACAUGAGAUCUCUCGCACGCAUGGAUUUGUCUGGGAAUGGAUUCGAAGAUGAACUACCAAAAUCAUUGGGGAAUCUUUGUAAUCUUCAGGAAUUAGUAUUGAGCUACAACAAAUUCAAUUCAACACUUUGUGAUGUUAUAGGAAGACUUAUUGGUUGUGCUAAUAAUUUAGAAAUUUUGGAUUUGAAUCCAAACCAAUUUGAAGGACCACUGCCCAAUAUUUCAACGUUUAGUUCAUACCUUAGACAGUUGGAUGCCUCUAAUAAUAAGCUUAAUGGUACUCUGCCUAAAGGAAUUGGAAAGCUCCAACAACUCAAGUAUUUAGAUCUCUCCUCAAACUCUUUCACUGGGCUUGUGACUGAAGUCCACUUUCAAAAUCUUUCCAAAUUGAAAAUUCUUGAUUUAUCCGAUAAAUCCUUAACAUUGAGGAUCAAUUCCACUUGGAUCCCACCAUUUCAACUAGUUGUUCUAUCAUUGAGGUCUUGCAAGUCAGGUCCACAAUUUCCUACUUGGCUCAAAACCCAAAUAGAUAUCUCAAAACUUGAUCUUUCAAACUCUGAAAUUCAUGAUGAAAUCCCCAAUUGGUUUUUCAGUCAAACUCUGACAUUGCAUUUUCUAAAUCUAUCUUCAAAUCAAUUUCGUGGUACUAUUCCACCAUAUCUAUCUAAUUUCACAGCAUUGUUUCUUUCUAAUAAUAGAUUCAUUAAUGUAAAGACUUUUCUUUGCUACCCAAUACAAGGAUUAAUACAACUUCUUGACAUUUCCAAUAAUAUGCUGAAUGGAAGCCUCCCUGAUUGUCAGUGGAACAUGAAGGAUUUGAUUUUUCUGAAACUAGAUAGCAAUAAUUUGUCUGGAGUAAUUCCAAGAUCAAUUGGUUCGUUAUCUAAAAUUCAGCAUUUGCUUUUGGGACAUAAUAAUUUUUCUGGAAAUCUUCCUUCAUCUUUAAAAAAGUGUACACAACUUAAAGUUCUUGAUGUCGAAUCCAAUAAUCUAGAAGGAAAUAUACCAUCUUGGAUUGGGGAAAGACUCACAAAUCUGAUUUUUCUUCGAAUAAGAUCAAAUAAUUUCUAUAGAAUUAUACCAUUAAAUUUAUGCCAUCUUCAAUUUGUUCGAAUAUUUGACAUUUCCAUAAAUGCUAUAUCUGGAUAUAUUCCUUUAUGCAUAAAAAAUUUCACCUCUAUGGUAGCCAAGGCCAAGGAGAACAAGUUUAAUGAUCCGAAAGACAUUGGCACAAUGACUGCCGUUGUACGGUCUGAUGUUAUUAUAUCGAUCAUGUGGAAAGGUAUUCUUCGUGAGUAUAGCAGCACUCUUGGAUUAUUAAGAGUGAUUGAUCUCUCAUGUAAUAAUUUGAUUGGAAAAAUUCCUGAAGAGUUAACAAAUCUUGUUCAAUUGGUUCAACUUAACCUUUCAAGGAAUGAUUUGAAUGGUACUAUCCCUAUGGAGAUCGGGAACUUGAAUAAGUUAGACUCUCUAGAUUUAUCCCACAACAAGCUUUGUGGUGUAAUUCCAACAAGCUUGGCAAGCAUGUCUUCUUUGUCGUUCUUGGAUUUGUCAAGUAACAAAUUAUCAGGAAGAAUCCCCACCAGCACUCAACUACAAAGUUUUGAUGCUUCGAUGUACAUUGACAAUGAUGGAUUGUGUGGACCUCCAUUGACCAAAUCAUGCGUUGGAGAUGAGUCACCAAAUGGUUCUCAAGAUCACUUGGGUGGUACUGAAGGUUUUUUUAACGAUGGUGAAGAAUGGUUUGACAUGUCAUGGUUUCAUAUGGGAAUUGGAGUUGGAUUUGGAAUUGGAUUUGCUGGAGUUUGUGGUAAUUUAUUAGUCAAUGCUUCUUGGAGACGUAACUAUUUCCAUUACAUGGGCACCAUAGGAGAUUGGCUUUACGUGACGAUCUCUGUCAAGACAAAUUUAUUGAAGAGGAGGUUCCUUAAUUAGAAGAAGGUGUAGCUUUGAAGCUUCAAGAGUUUGCAAUUGGAAGUAUCAAGAUGUUUAUCCAUUAGAUUAUGGCUCCAAAUAAAAUCAUCAUCUUUAUUUAGUAUUUGUAUCUUUGAAUGUAUUACAUAAAAGGACUCUCUGCGUGAUUUA